UGGGCAGCAUUGUGAUGUUACGGGCAGGGGAAAGUGUAUGAUAGGUGUGUGUGUCACGGGCAGCCCUUCCCACCGCGGUGAUGGCAGCAGCAGCAGUACGGGAGCGGCUGCCCCGGCCAGGCAGCAGCAGCAGGAGGAGGAGGAGGACACAACAAAGGCAGCCGCCGCAGCACUAGCAUAGUAACAAUAGCAGCAGCGCCCAGUGAGUUACUUUCCGGCUUCCAGCAGGCACAGUACCCAGAGGGCAACUACAUACCCCUAUUUCCAAAUAAAGCCUGCUGCAGAGCACUGCUGCCCCAUCACUAUGUAUAGAUGGUAAAUGUCAGUGUUCCUAGAUGCAGCAGUGUCUGCGCCGUUCUUUCCUCUUUUAGCUCAGAUGGACCUGCACUAUGUGGCAGCUGACCUGUACAGAUGAGUGGAGCUCAGCUACUACAGUAUGUUAGUAUACUAAGGAUGACCACAGGUCUACAGCAGGUUUAUGACCAUACAGAAUGCUGAAGUGUAUAAUUGGGCAUGAAUGCAUACCAUGGCACCAACACCCGCAGCUCUGGAUCAGGAUAUUCCAUUGUUUUCCAUUUCAACAUUCUGGGCUAAGUUCCUAAUUGGCUUGCUCUCAUUUGUGUGCUUUGUGAAUAGCUAUAAUGGCAACUUUGUAUUUGAUGACUCUGAAGCGAUCAUCAAUAAUAAGGACCUCCGAGAAGAGACUUCAGUUGGUGAUCUUUGGAUGCAUGAUUUCUGGGGUACUAAACUCAGUAGCAAUGCUAGCCAUAAAUCCUACAGGCCUCUCACAGUCUUAACAUUCAGGAUAAGUUACAGUCUUGCUGGAGGUUUGUACCCAAUUGGAUUUCACGUAGUCAACAUAAUCAUACAUUGCGUAGUGUCAAUCCUGAUGUUUGAUGUCUUUUUAUUACUAUUUGGUGGUGGAACAUGCGACAAAGGGAAAAAAAUACUCCAUGCUCCCAAGGCGGCAUUGUUGAGUGCCUUGUUGUUUGCGGUGCAUCCAGUACAUACAGAAUGUGUCGCAGGAAUUGUUGGCAGGGCUGAUUUGCUUUGUGCAUUUUUUGUUGUCUUAUCAUUUCUUGGAUACAGCAAAGCACUACCAGGAAUUAAUAAAGAAGAACAUACGUCUGUAUUCUGGGUACUGCUUAGUGUUUUCCUUGGUGCAGUUGCCAUGUUGUGCAAAGAGCAAGGCAUAACUGUCUUGGGGUUGAAUGCUGUAUUUGAUGUCUUUGUAAUCUGCAAGUUAAACAUGCUGGAAUGUAUCCAGAAGGUACAGCAGAGGGACAAAACCCCAGAGAAUUCAUUGUUUCUAAAAAAGGGAUUGUUUCCAAGGAUAAGCCUUUUGGCAGCUGGGGGUAUAUUUAUGCUUUAUGUACGCUGGCGCAUAAUGGGUACAGGACCACCAGCAUUUACUGAUGUUGACAACCCAGCCUCUUUUGCGGAUCACCCACUUGUGAGAGUAAUAAACUAUAAUUACUAUUAUUCCUUAAAUGGAUGGCUGCUGCUGUGCCCAUGGUGGCUCUGCUUUGAUUGGUCAAUGGGCUGCAUACCUCUUAUUAAUUCUCUCAGCGAUUCUCGGAUAAUGGCACCAGCAGCACUUUGGUUCUGCUUGUUUGGCUUAAUGUACCAGGCUUUAUUCUCCAGUAAUGGCCAAACGAGAAGAAUCCUCACCAUGGGAUUAGGAUUUCUCACAAUCCCUUUUCUUCCUGCAAGUAAUUUGUGCUUCCGAGUUGGCUUUGUUAUUGCUGAGAGAGUCCUGUACCUACCUAGUGUAGGUUAUUGCAUGUUACUGACUUACGGCUACAGUAAAAUCUGUAAACAAUUCAAGAAAAAGAAACUGCUGACACUGGCUAUACUGGGACUGCUGGCCAUGAAUGUAGUGCGCUGUGUCUACCGAAGUAACCAGUGGAAGUCUGAGGAGCUCCUAUUCCAGAGUGCACUCUGUGUGUGUCCUCUGAAUGCUAAAGUGCACUACAAUGUAGGAAAAAACUUAGCAGAUCAAGGCCUUCAGACAGAUGCCAUAAAGUACUACAGAGAAGCUGUAAGGUUAAAUCCAAAAUAUGUUCAUGCAAUGAAUAAUCUUGGGAAUAUACUGAAAGAGAAAGAUGAACUCCAUGAAGCUGAGCAACUCUUGUCACGCGCUGUGUCAAUCCAACCUGAUUUUUCAGCUGCAUGGAUGAACUUGGGUAUUGUGCAGAACAGCCUUAAACAGUUUGAAGAAGCGGAGAAAAGCUACCUAACAGCUAUCAGACACAGAAAAAAAUAUCCAGACUGUUACUACAACUUGGGACGACUGUAUGCAGACUUAAAUCGACAUAUGGAUGCACUGAAUGCCUGGAGAAAUGCCACGUUUUUGAAGCCACAACACAGUUUGGCUUGGAAUAAUAUGAUCAUACUGCUUGAUAAUACGGGCAAUUUGGCUCAGGCUGAAGCUAUUGGAAGAGAAGCCUUAAAACUGUUACCACAUGACCACUCCAUCACAUUCUCCUUAGCCAAUGUGCUGGGAAAGGCUCAGAAGUACAAGGAGUCUGAAGGUUUGUUUCUUAAAGCCAUUAAAGCAAACCCUUCGUCUGCGAGUUAUCAUGGCAAUUUGGCUGUGCUUUAUCAUCGCUGGGGACAUCUAGACCUGGCCAAAAAAUACUAUGAAAUUUCCAUGACGCUUGACCCUUCUGCACCUGGGACAAGAGAGAACUACAGUCUGUUGAAACGCAAGCUGGAACAACAGCAAAUGAGAGGCCACAUGUAGCAGU